AUGGAGGAGCACAACCUCACCAUGGUGACCGAAUUCAUUCUGCUGGGCAUCACAGACCGUCCCGAGCUGCAGGCUCCACUGUUCCUGCUGUUCCUCGCCAUCUACCUGACCUCGCUGGUGGGCAACUUGGGCAUGAUCGUGCUCACCCAGGUGGACUCCAGGCUGCAAACACCCAUGUACUUUUUGCUCAGACACCUGGCUGUCACUAAUCUUGGUUAUUCUACAGCUGUGGGGCCUAAAAUGUUGGAAAAUUUUGUGGUGGAACAAAAUACAAUCUCCUAUUAUGAUUGUGCUACACAGCUGGCUUUCAUAGCUGUGUUUCUUGGGAGUGAGCUUUUUAUUCUGUCUGCCAUGUCCUAUGACCGCUACGUGGCCAUCUGUCACCCUCUGAUGUACACGGUCAUCAUGUCCCCAAGACUAUGUUGGGUUCUUGUGGUGAUUCCCUAUUUCUACUGCACGUUUGUGUCUCUCCUAAUUACCACAAAGAUUUUCACUUUGUUGUUUUGUGGAAACAAUGUCAUCAGUCACUUCUACUGUGACAGUCUGGCCUUGUUAUCUCUUGCUUGCUCAGAUACAUAUGAAACUGAAAUGAUAAAUCUAAUCUUAGCAGCUUUUCACUUACUUUCCUCUUUCCUGAUGGUCCUGGUGUCCUACCUGCUCAUCUCUGUGGCCAUUCUCAGGAUGAACUCCACAGAAGGCCGGCGCAAGGCCUUCUCCACCUGUGGGUUCCACCUGACCGUGGUCACAGUGUUCUACGGGACUUCGAUAUUCAUGUACGGACAGCCCAAGUCCGGUCACUCCGGUGACACUGACAAAGUGGUUUCCAUAUUUUACACCCUGGCCAUCCCCAUGUUGAAUCCCUUGAUUUAUAGCUUCAGAAAUAAAGAUGUAAAAUAUGCCCUGCAAAAGGUAUGGAGGAAAACUCUGCGAUAUCUUCUCUGA